CCUCCUUGCGCCCCUCGAUCCAAGGCACCACCGCGUCCGUUGUCCGAGUGUCAGUCACUCUGCCGAUUCUCCUUGCUCGCCAGUGCCCACCCCCCCUUCCGAACCCAGACGAACCGUACGGCCCAUAAAGGUUUAUAGGCCAACAAACAGCCAGCGCGAUGGCUUCGUUUGGACACGCGGUGCCGGCGGCUGCCCCGAGGCCCGGUCCGUAUGGAGCAGCGUACGGGGCCCCCGUGGCGGUCAGCGCCCCUGCCGCCCCAGCAGGCACCUUUGCACCCGGCACCAAGAUCCAAUGCGGCUCCCACCGAGUUGUCAUCCAAAAGUAUCUUUCCGAAGGCGGCUUCGCACAUGUCUAUCUGGUCAAGCUGCCGGCGGCGGUCAAUGGCACCGACCUGGCCGUGCUGAAGAGGGUCGCCGUGCCGGACAAGGAGGCCCUCCGCGGCAUGCGCACCGAGGUCGAGACCAUGAAGCGCCUCAAGGGCCACAAGGCCAUCGUCACCUACAUCGAUUCGCAUGCCUCUGAGAUGCGUGGCACUGGCGGCUACGAGGUCUUUCUCCUGAUGGAAUACUGCAAUGGCGGCGGUCUUAUCGACUUCAUGAACACCCGCUUGCAGCACCGUCUGACCGAGCCCGAAAUCCUCAACAUCUUCUCUGACGUUGCCGAAGGUGUUGCUUGCAUGCAUUACCUCAAGCCGCCACUGCUGCACCGCGAUCUGAAGGUUGAGAACGUGCUCAUCAACAUGGUAGGCAGUGUCAGGAAGUUCAAGCUAUGCGACUUUGGCUCGGCCGCCCCGCCUCGCCCAGCCCCGACUACCGUUACAGAGUGCCGCCUUGUGGACGAAGACAUCCAAAAGCAUACAACGAUGCAGUACAGGAGUCCUGAAAUGGUCGACGUAUACCGCAAACAACCCAUCGACGAGAAAUCAGACAUCUGGGCGCUGGGCGUCCUACUCUACAAGCUGUGCUAUUAUACCACACCGUUCGAAGAAGGAGGGACCUUGGCGAUUUUGAAUGCCAGCUACAAGUUCCAUACCUACCCUGUUUUCUCUGACCGGUUGAAGAAGCUCAUCGCCUGGAUGCUACAGGAGAACCAACAAGCCCGACCAAAUAUCUAUCAGGUGCUCCGCGAAGCUUGCGCAAUGCAAGGGAAGGAGCCUCCUGUCAAAGACAUCUACACGGGGACGCAUGUCGACACGAGGAAACGCGAACACUCACUGAGUCAGGCUAGGUCUCCCCCAGUCGUUGGCGCUGUAUUUGCGGCCCCGGUAGUCCAACAACAGGUUAUUCCCGAAGUCGAGCGGAUGCGACGAGGAAGGCUCCCUGCCCCGUCUCAACCAGUAUCCCAACCGACAACGCCCAGUCCCGGGCCCGGGAAAGUCACAAAUGGUGACCCAUUUGCUGCACUUGAUACCAAGCUCCCACUCAAGAAUGCCGACGAGCUGUCGAAUAAGUUUCCGACGCUGGAUCAGUUUUCUCUUCUACAUGAUAAGGGGACCAAGUUUGACUUCGACAGUGGUGUCCCUCAACCUCCACAGCAACAAAAGGACAUAUCGCAAAGGGUAGCCGAAAGACUAGCGGACGAGGUGUUCAAGGUCAAACCGUCACCGUCUUCGACUCCUGGGCCGAUGAGCCAACGUGUAUCGCUGGAUCUGAACAAGGGAAAUCCGUACGCGGCUGCUAUGGAGUCUCAGCGCAUAUCACCAUCCGUCAACCCGGCUUCCACACUUCCGAGGCAAGGCGAGCCAAGCCGUGCUUCAACCAUGAUCUCAAAUAUACCCGAACUCAAAGCGAUCUCUUCGCCGAAUGCGCAAAGUCCGUUCCAGACUCCUCCAGCAACUAGGCCUAAGAUGGUUUCAACUGGAACCAUGACCGAAUCACCGCCGCCGGUAUAUCGUUUCCCACCAGCAGAGCAUCACCGGGCGGCUAGUGUCCCCCGGCAGCAAGAGACUGGUCCCACGUCAUACACACGCGCUGCCACAACGGUGUUAUUAUCCCCUGGAGCCGCCGGAUCGCCAAACGCUCCGUUGCAAGGGCAAAUGCACACUGCGCAAGCGCAUCACCCCAGGUCCUCGAGACCGUCACUUGAAGGUGGCCGCCCAAGCUUCGAUGCCUUUGACUUGCCGACAAGAUCCAAAGAGCCGGAGAGCAGUUCAUCCCGGUCACGACCUGCCAGUAUCUAUCUUGAAUCAGACCUGACCUACUUGCGUGAAAAAGAGGCGGCUGCAAAACCACUGCACUCGCCGAGCCUUUCCGCGUCCAGAUUCUCAUUGGACAAGGGUCCCCCCUCGCCAAAGCUGGAGGAGGAGCGCAACAUUCGGUCCAGCGUCGAAUUUCUGCGCUCAAUGGAGGAUUCCGAUACUAAGAAGAAAGACAAGGGUACCAAGCAUCAUUCUAAGCGCUCAAGCUUGAGCUCCCUUAGUGCCGGUACCAAGAACCUCUUUGCUGGAAAAUUCGGAGAUGCAUUCAAGAGAUUUGAAGGUGGCACAAAUAACAGCGGACCUCCGAGGUCGCCAUCUCCUCUGAAGGAUGUUGAUGCAGAAGUCGACCGUUUCAAUAAGUUGACACCAAUUGCGGGAUCCGAGGUAAAUGACGACAGGAGCGAUGAUGGCCGGCGAUUUGAAGACGAUCACAUAGACGAGAUGACUCCCGAAAUGCGUCGGGAGGAAGAAGCACGCAUGUUGGCAGCAGAAGAAGCUCGUGUCGCUGCUGCGCAGGCCGAGUAUCGUGCUCGCGUUGCACAGCGCACCGGUACGGGUUCAGCAACGGGCCCGACACCGCUGCCCAAGAGCAUUGGCGGUGUCCCUCGCGCUGUGUCUAUUCAGAACAAGGUCCAGAGUCUCCUGGAUGAGAGCAGCCGUUCGGCGCCAGUGUCAAGGACAGCUCACGGCUAUGGCCACUAUACCGAUGCCGAUGCCGGUGGGCCUCGUGGCUCGACUGACAGUCUUGGAGAUUCGCGGCCCGCGAUUGCGAAGAAGCCCAUCGCCAUUACCGGACAGCCUGUGUCCGGAUCUUUACCGCGACCCCCGACCUCAUCCGGCAUGUCCAGCAUGGAGCAAACUAUGACUGGUCGCGCCUCCAUAACCGUGACGGGGGGGAAACCGGCCGCACCUCCGAAACCCACGCGACUUACCGCAAACUUAACAGCCGGCGGUGGAGCUGGCUCGCCGCCCAGACAGUCCUACAGCACCAGCACGAUAAGCCUGCACAGACAGCUGGGGCCCGGGACCCCCUCGAGCUCAUUAAUAGACAGUGAUAGAAGCGACAGUAUCGGAGCGAGAGCGGGGGGAGACUACAGCAGAACAAGCAGAGAAGCGCUGGUCGCCGUCGAGGGUUUGCCCGGGCAAGAUUCCCCCAUGCUACUGCAGAUGUCGGCGUCCGAGAAGGAUGAUUAUAUCAAGGACUUUCAAAAGCGGUUUCCUAGCCUUACGAGUAUAGAGAUGGUCGAGACGGAUGUGGGAGCUAGGUCUGGCACCAGGGGUGAUGGUGAAUGAGAUGUUGCCCGCUGAGGAUCGCCGGUGCCGCUGAUGAAAGAAAGAAAGGGGACUGAUGAUGUCGUGCGACAAUUACACACGGUCAUGAAGCGUCGU